AAGGGGAGAGAGAGAGAAGGGGAGAGAGAGAGUGAGUGAGAGAGAGAGAGCAAAAGAAAGAGUGGGCAGCCACACUGGUGCACUCUGGUGGUUCUUGACACGGUGUCACUGUUGCUUGAUCUCCAACAGUCCACACUGAAACUAGUCUGAUCCCAGUGGCCUUUAAAGUGGACGGGCAGAUUUUCUUCUCAGAACCUUUUUUUUCUCCCACUUCAUGGUAAUGUUCCCGGAUUCAUGAAAGUGCUGCAACUCUGAGAGCUAAUAUUGUCUCAGCAUUGUGGACAGUGUGGUUGUGGAUACAUGUUUUUUUUUUGUUUUUUUUUGGAGAACAUGCUGUCAUUGCCUGAACCAGAAGAACUUCCACUGACAAUCACGUCUCGGUCAUCACGUCUGAAAACAUGGAAACUGCCGAACAAGAUUGCCAAGCUGAGAAAUGUAAGAAAGUAACUGCAAAGUAAAGAAAUACUUUUAUGUCGUGAGCAGAUUUAUGAUGCUUGGAAGAAGUGCAGAUUCUUCCGUUUUGUUAACUUUAACCUAAAAAAACAUAACCUUGGUGUACAAUAAUGGACGGCAACCUGAGCACUUCCGCAUCCUAUGUGAUCAACAUAACCGAACCGUACCACCCGGCAGCGGGACCCUGGAGCCUGCUCAUCCUGGUCGUCAUCAUACUGACUAUAGUGGUGGGUAACCUGCUGGUCAUCAUCGCCGUGGCUCGCACUCUACAGCUACAGACGACAACAAACAUUUUCAUCAUGUCCCUGGCGUGCGCCGACCUCAUCAUGGGGGUCCUCGUGGUGCCUCUCGGGGCCACCAUUGUCGUGACGGGCAACUGGCAGCUCAGUGACACCUUCUGCAAUUUCUGGACAUCUGUGGACGUUCUGUGUGUGACGGCGAGCAUCGAGACGCUCUGCGUCAUAGCAGUGGAUCGGUACAUAGCCAUUACGAGGCCGCUCCGACACAAGGUUCUUCUCAACAAGUGGCGCGCCAGGGUAGUAGUUUGUCUAGUGUGGGUUGUGUCCGCUUUGAUUUCCUUUGUACCAAUUAUGAGGGGGUAUUGGCGCGACAAUGACGACGAAGUAGCGAAAAAGUGCUACGAUACCCCGACGUGCUGUGACUUUGUGACCACCAGGGCCUUUGCCAUUAUCUCUUCCAUAGUGUCCUUUUACAUUCCACUGCUCAUAAUGAUAUUUGUGUACGCCAAAGUCUUUCUAAUAGCCGCACGGCAGGUCCAGCUCAUAGAUAAGAAUCGCAUGCGUUUCCAGAACGACUAUCCAACGGCGCAGGUGCAAGUUGUCCAUGUCAAUAAUGUCCUGCCAUCGGCGUGCGCAGGCUUCAGCGGCUGCAGUGGCAACUCAGCUCGGAGAAAGAGUGCCAAGCGGAGGCCGUCGCGGCUGAUGCUCGUCAAAGAGCACAAGGCCCUCAAGACGUUGGGGAUCAUUAUGGGGACCUUCACCGUGUGCUGGCUUCCGUUUUUUGUCGCCAACAUCAUCAACGCAUUUGAAAGAGACAUUCCCGAUGAGAGGAUCUUCCGACUGUUAAACUGGCUGGGUUACAUCAACUCCGGCCUCAAUCCGAUCAUCUACUGCAGGAGUCCAGAGUUUCGAACCGCGUUCAAGAACCUGCUGGGCUGUCCGUGGCUGUCAACCAUGUGGGUCAAUUCUUUCUACAAAGAGCUGAGGACUCGCUGCUCCUGCUUUCUGUGGCAGGCUGAGUCAGGCACGGCUGGCUCUUUCCAAAAGUCUCUAACCGGUAACACCGAGGGCAGCGGGAGCCUGGCCAGUACUCUUGGAAGCAGCAAAAGUGACGGCAGCAUACAGUUCAAUGACUCAACAGAGCCAGAAUCUAAAUUCUUCACAUUGCAGGAAAAGGACGGAUGAACUGUAGAAAUGUCAAGCUACCAAAGAAAAAACACGUUCCCCAGCCGUUAGUGUGAUCCCCGCAAAGACGGAGAGCAAACUGCAGCAAGGACAGGCUGAAGAAGAGCAGAGCCAGCGGCCCUGAUCAACGUGGCUGAAUGCAGCUAACCCAAAGAGAUGACUGGAUCCACUGAACAGAAACAGCUGAUUUGGUCUGGACAGGAUCACGGUGAGCGUCUUUGUGGGCAGAAGACGGACUGCGGCAGCUCAGCACCCACAGACAUUAGGUGACAACAAAGUGUCCUGAACUGCACGUCUGAAAUGCAUUCCAGUUGCCCUUUAGACACAGUGUGUGUGGCCUGUGGUGGACUAAUGUUUUACAGUAUAUUAUGUGGUAAGUUAUUUUGAUACACUGAAUCUGUAGCAAAACACAAAAGUUAGUUGUUGUUUUUAACUUAUUCCAUGGUCAUGAUUCUGGCAUGGCUGUCUUCACUGUCAUGGCACAAACUUGUCAGCGUAAAAUAGCGGCUAAAC